AUGAAUAGUACACAAAUCAUAGUGUUUAUUGUUAAAAAUGUUAGUGAUAAAAAAUUAAAUAUGCUCUUUUUCAUAGGGGAUUUUGACGUUGGUUACUUGUUUCACGGUAGGAAUCAAACACUCCUGCCCAAACAGGGUGACGGUGGCGAUGGCGAUCGAUCACAAGGAACUGCCGAAGAUGUAUUUGGGCGAAGUGCUGGGGCAGAUGAAGACGAUGCGCUGGCCGAAUUAUACGGCGAUGAGCAAAAUGAAGUACAGGACGAAGAAGAAGGAGAAAACCUUUUUGGCGACGAUAUGGAACGGGAUUAUCGCCCGCAGCCAGAACUGGAUGUUUACUCGCAGUCUGGAAUGGACGAUGCGUCAGAGCUUGCGGAAUUGUCAGAGGGCGCACGACGUGCGGCGGAACGCGAAAUGGAUGAACGCGAUAAUUUGAUGGACGAAGAUGCUUUACUUUAUGAGAGGGAAGAUGAGGACAUUGGACGGCGUGCGCGAAUUCGACGCCGAAGAGAUGAAUCUGAGGGUGGGCAGAUGGAAGUGGCUGGCGGCGAGGAGGAGGAGGAGGAAAUCCCCAUUGAUAUUUUGGAAAAUUUACGAGGAAGAUCGACACGUCAGCAUUGGGCCGGCUGUUCCAGCUUCAAGAGUUUCAUCCGUGGUUUCAAAGAUCCAAAAUCUAAAAAGCUGAAAUAUCUCGAAGCAGUCAAUUCGAUGGUGGCAGAAAAUCGCGAGUCACUGGAAGUGGAUUAUGAUGAUUUGGCCAGUGAAAGUGGCGAGCAAAACAUCUGUUACUUUCUGCCGGAAGCACCUCUGCAGGUGCUUGGCUAUAUGGAUCGCGCAGUGACCGAAGUGACUCUGUCGAUCUUUCCAUUCUUUCCUCGCAUCGCUCCUGAAGUUAAGGUGCGUAUACGAGGGCUGCCUAUUGACGAGGACAUACGAAUGCUCAGGCAGCUUCAUCUAAAUAUGCUGGUUAGGACUUCUGGAGUUGUGACCAUUACCACAGGUAUGCAUGCAUAA